UUGUAAUCUCUUAAACUUACAAACUUUGAAACUCAAUGGGUAUUCUAAGCUUGAAAGUUUACCGAGAAAUAUGAAAAACCUUAUUAGUCUACGGCAUCUUUAUUUGGAGAAAUGUAAGGGAUUAAAAUAUAUGCCUAGAGGGAUGGGGCAAUUGAAACAUCUGAAGACAUUAAGCUUGUUUGUAAUAAGCAACAAGGGAAGAAACUGCCAACUAGAUGAAUUAAAAGAAUUGGAUAUCCGCGGAUCUUUGAAAAUUAAGAACCUGGGAAGAGUUAGUGACGCAUCUAUGGAAAGAGGGAUAAGUAUGGCUAAAAAGACGAGUAUCAAUGAAUUGAAGUUGAAAUGGAGAUCUAUAGUUGAAGAUGAUGAAGUUGAUAAUAAUGAGAGCAAGAGUACUAGAGAUGAGAAAAUUGGUGAAGCUCUAGAGGUUUCAACUGCAAAGCUGAAGAUAUUGAAAAUGAUUGGUUACAAAGGUGUAAAUCUCCCUAAAUGGGUAGGAAAAUCAUAUCCUUCUCUAACACGCCUUGAGCUUAGUACUACUAUUGCUAGUAGCAGCGUUGACAAUGAAAUGAUUGUACUAUUCCCUUUGUUAGAGAAACUUGUUAUUAAAGAAAUGAAGAAUUUGAGGGAAUUGGUGUCUCCUACUAUUCCUAGUGCCAGAGCAUUCCCUAAUCUAUCCAGGUUGGUUAUACAUGAUUGUCCAAAGCUAGGGGCCUUGCCACCUCAUCUCAAAUCACUCAAACGUGUAAAUGUUAAGGGUGAAUGUUCGGAUGAAUUGUUAUAUAGCAUCUGGAAUCUUAAUGGUACUCUCACUCAUCUGAAACUUAGUGGAUUGAAUAAUGAUGUGGAGCAUGGAAUAUUCAGCGUCAACAACAACAUGAAUGGAAUUGAAGUAGUGUUAUUCCCUUUGUUAAAGAUACUUAGUAUUGGUAACAUGAAGAAUUUGAGGGAAUUGGUGUCUCCUACUAUUCCUAGUGUCGGAGCAUUCCCUAAUUUGAGGGAAUUGAGUAUAUUUGAUUGUCCAAAGCUAGGGGCCUUGCCACCGCAUCUCAAAUCACUCAAAGAGGUAUAUAUUUGGGGUGAAUGUUCGGAUGAAUUGUUAUAUAGCAUCUCAAAUCUCAGUGCUCUCACUUGUCUCUCUCUUGGUUUUAUGAAUGAAAGAAGUGUUUUAUUUGGAGCUGGUUAUAUGGCAUUAAUGUUAGAUGAUGAAGCACAAUUAGGAGGAGUAGGACGCUCAACUUUCCAAUCUCUUCAAACUCUGUAUAUUCGUGGCUGCAAGAAGUUAAGGCGUUUGUUUGAUGAGAGAAUGAUAUCAAAGAUUAGUGGCUGCCAGAACAAACACUUCAUCAACUCUCUCACGGAAUUGAGUAUCUGGUAUUGCACGGAGUUGAUGAUAUCAGUUGAGGAAUUUGUUGGAAACCUCAAUAUUAAUAAUAAUUCACUACAGAUAUUGAGGAUUGUAAAAUGUCCAAAGUUGGUGUCUUCAGAAGAAGCGGACGAUGUUAUCGCACUCCUGCGUUCCCUUCGAACCAGACUUAAAGUCUUCAGAGUAGAUAAUCUAUUGGAAGUGGAAUAGAAGAGUGAAUUAGAAGUGAUAACCUAAUUAAAGGAGGAGUAGAAGACUCAACAAACAAGGAGCUGAAAUUAUUGAGUCUAGAGUUGGGCCAAAGUUAAAAUGGCGGGCACCAAAUCUAUCUGAUAUUCCUAUCCUUCAUUCAGCGCGAACAAGUAGAUUUGGAUUUGGAAGGAGAUUUUUGAGUCAUCUCGAAUCCUAAGGUAAGAAUGAAGAAAGAGAGAAGAUUACUCUUCCUUUCAUUCGCCGUGGUUAUGGUUUUCGGUGUCCGCCGUCUACUUCAGGCUCUGGUCUGUUCAUUACUGAAUUUCUGACUUGAGACGAAUGUACGACCAGGAACUAGAAAGGGCUUCUAUGUGCAUCAAGGAUUUAAACAAUAUGAAAAAGAGGAUGAUGGAGGAAAAUGGUGCAAAUAAAUAACUACUUGAACAAGAGGCUGGAAUUGCUUCAGAAGGAGAACAUGGAUCUGUUGGAAAGGGUUGAAACACUGAAGCAAGAACUCGAAUGGGAGAAGCUUAAAUGCAACUAAACAAAUCAUUAAAGGCUUGUACACAAAAUUCCUUCUUUUUUUAACCCUAGAACAAAGGCGAGAUGAUUCAUUCGAACCCUAGUUAUGUUGUGUUUUCUUUUGUUGAAUAACAAUUUAAUUUUUCUAAAGCUUGAGAAAACUUCGAUAGUUUCCUUAGAAACACAUUUUUUGUUUUGAAAUAUAACAUGUAUUCAUAAAUUUGUUGACAUUUUCUUGUCCAAACCCGAAAGUGUGUUACUAAAUUGUAUGCUCGAAUGAGCUCAGAUUAACAUGGAGCUGGAAGUUCUUUUCAUGAUCAGACUUUGCUC